AUUCAAGGCAAUACCAGCUAUGAGGACGACCACUCUACUUUUGAGCCUUGGCCUUCUGGUCCUGUGCUUUUCCAGCUACAGUUUUGCCGAAGACGAUCCCACCGAUGGAAGCACAACGCCUACUGAUGGAAGCACCACGCCCACUGAUGGAAGCACCACGCCCACUGAUGGAAGCACGACGCCCACUGAUGGAAGCAACACGCCCACUGAUGGAAGCACGACGCCCACUGAUGGAAGCACCACGCCCACUGAUGGAAGCACCACGCCCACUGAUGGAAGCACCACGCCCACUGAUGGAAGCACCUCCCCAUCGACCUCUCCUUCAACAGGCGAUAACACUAGUCCUUCAACAGGAUCGCCAGAUAGCACCCCCGAUUCCGGAAGCGGCAGCAGCAACAACAGCGGCAACAACAAGCGGAACAACCGUCGGAGGCGCCGCCAGCGGGCUCAACGCGCUCGACGUCGCCGGGCUCAGCAGGCUCGGCGCAGGAGGAACCGUCGCAAUAACAGGAAUAACAGGCUAAGCAGAACCAAUAGCAUUUAAUUUUGUGCCUACAAAAUAAAUGUAUAAAUAAAUUGCAUAUCCU